UUCAGUCACGCACACGUACUUGGAACGCAUACUGUGCGUGGGCAAUACCUUUCGACGAUGCCGGAAUUCUCGUCGACAACCAAUGAAUCAGUUGUAUAUCAUAAGUAUAAUAAUAAGCAUUUAGUUUUGGCAUGAGCAUGAUGAAGGUGCAUAGAGGGGAAGUUCUGCGACAUUUCGUUGUGUAAUCGGAGACGUUUAUCGCCGGUUACGACACUCAAUUGACAGUGAAAAACUCAUCAGCACUCGCACUCAGUCCCAUUAUCUGGUAUGGGCCACGUGAGUACAAUCAUGGAGCGCUAAGGAUCGAGUCCUGUAGUUUAAAAAGCAGGCAGUGCUGCAAUGUUGACAAGUACAAUGGACCCUAACAAGCUGAUCAGUGAUAUACCAUUCUCUGUGCUGCUGAAACUCUCAGAAUACCUAGAUGUGGGCAGCAACAAAAUGAACUGGAGGGCACUGAUUGCCAACAUACCAGACCAGAUAUACGACGACACCCAAAUUGAAAUGUUUGCCCUGGCAAUUCACGAGUAUUACGGCAGCCCCUCGCUAAAUCUGCUGCGCAAUCUUGGCAGCAGGGGGCGCACUGUUCGUCAGCUGAUAUCCUACCUGGACAAGAUGUCCCACGAGAAGUGUCUAAGUCUGCUGAAGAAGCCAGAAAAGCUCCGUCUCCUGCAAAUUCCGUGCUCGCAGUCAGUCCAAGCUGGCCCUCAUUCCCUGGUUGUGCUUGCCUGCAAUGCCAAGGGCUUCCCCUACCCCCAAUACUGCUGGUACCGGGCAUUUGCCCAAACCAGUGGAGAUCAGAAGGAGGUCAAACUAGAAGAGCUAGAAAAUGAAACAGACAGGGUCCUGAGGAUUAGUCCAGUUCGUGAGAAGCACAGUGGAGCCUACUGCUGCAAAGUGUACCAUACCAUCAAUGGAGCCAUAAGCCAAGUAUUCACAGACUGGGCCUAUCUUGAAGUGUACCCAGCUAGCUAUGAUAAUGAGCGUGAUUUCCUGGACUCAGAUGAAGACUUGGAACACAUAGCAAAACCCGAGAUUAUCCAGCAGCCCCCAGUGUCCCUCUCUGUCCGCCCAGGCAAGCCCAUCAAGGUCACCUGCAUGGCCACUGGUUGCCCUACCCCAAAGUACCAGUGGUACCGGUACGGCUACUCAUCCAGAGAUGGUCCUUUGGAGCCCCAUGCCCUGAGGGACCAGACCGACAAAACACUCUACUGGGCCCAAUCCACUACCGGGGACCAGGGUAAAUACUGCUGCCGAGUGUGGAACAAGGCUGGCUGCAUCACCAGCAUCACAGUCAGCAUCAAUGUGGAUGCAAGGCUUGCUGAGUCCUAUCCUGAUAAGAUUGAGGUUGUUCGCCAUCCCCAGAGCAUUUCCUGCCGUAUUGGGGAGCCACAAAUCCUGGCCUGUCACGCCGCUGUUUCCCAGGGAAAUCUCUACUACCAGUGGUACCACAAUCACCAAGAAAUUCCUAAUGCCAAACAACCCGAGUUCCAUUUUCUUCAGGUCAAGCCAGAAGACCAUGGCGUAUACCAGUGUCGUGUAUACAACGAAUAUGCCUGUGUCUUCUCCAAUGAGGCUAUGCUUAACAUUAGUGGUGGUCUGGCACCACCGACUUCCAACUGUCGAUUCUAUGCAACGGACAAGGUGGCCUUGCUAAUUGGCAACAUGGACUACCGUUCAGCAGAGCAGCUCAAAGCCCCUGAGGGUGACGUGGAGAACCUGACCAAGGUCCUGUCAGAGCUGGAUUUCAAGGUGGUGUCUCUCCUGGACUUGAACCUCCAAGAGAUGAGGUUUGCUCUAAGUGCCUUCUGCGACCUACUAAACUCUGGAGUUUAUGGCCUGUUUUACUUCAGUGGUCAUGGCUUCGAGAGUGAUGGCCAAAGUUACCUCGUUCCAGUGGACGCCGGGGUCGGCUACUCAACGAAGGAGUGCAUCUGUGACCAGGAAGUCUUGGAUCUUAUGCAGUACAGAAAUACUGCCCUCAAUACGCUGUUGCUUGACAUAUGCCGAAAACCGAAUGACUACCCACAGAAAGACCCACCUGAAAAGUUCCGGCCUAAGGUCCGAGGCAACACAGUGUUUGGCUAUGCUGCGCAGACCAACACACAGGCUUGGGAGGUGGACGGUCAGUCCUCUGGCAUUUUUACGAAGUACCUCAUCAAGAGAAUCAGACAGGCCAAGAAGGUCUCGCAUGUCCUUGAAGACGUCAUGGAAGAUGUGCGCAAUGACUGUUCUGCUAAUGGCAUACAGUACCCAGCGAUCUGCCACGACCUGAAUGAAGCCCGCUCCCUUUGCGAUCCCAUUAAUCCUUGCGGCCACACCCAGGAGAUCAAUGCUCGCAGCAGGAUGUGGGGUGAAGCCCACCUUCUUCCAGAGAGCCCCAUGUGGGUGGAGUUUGCUCACGAUAUCGUGGUCUGCGUAGAUCUCACCACUCGCUUCUCCAACGUCAUGCUGAUGCACACCUACAUCCCACCUUCCUGCAUGGGGGAAAGCACCAGUUGCUACGUCAAACUGGAGAAUUUCAGCCCGGAGCUUGACAUCAAGAUGGACAAGCAGGAUGUGUGCUUUGAGUACCCUUCACAAGCAGUCAUUAAGAUGAUCAUAACUACAGUACGUAACCUACAGAGGCUCAGGGGUGACUUGGAGUGCACAGUCACAGUGGAAGGCGAGUACCGGGGCAAGCCCUUCAAGCAGAGCCGGCCACUGGUGAUCUCUAAGCCGCUGGUGUCAAAUCUGUGGCAGACGAAGCACUACGCUGUGCCCAGCGAGGCAACCUAUCCAGACAUGACUGCAAGCACUGAGUAAUGCAGCCCCCCCCUUCAAAAAGCACCACUUUUCAGGCUGUCUGUUGCGCAGCAGUGACAUAAACUCUUCAUGUGCGUACAUGUAAGUGAUUGAACACUAUGUUUAUUGGAAGUCUUCCUUUAGAUGAUUGUUCUACGUACAAGUACUUCACAUUGAAAAUAUAUGUUAUGUUACAGUCAGUACAAUCAGAGUCUUUGACUCUUAUAGCUGUGUAACAAAUGGAAAGGCAGUCCUGAAGGGUUCUUUUUGUUAUAAAUCACACAUUCAUUGUACAUGUAUUAUGAUAAGCAAAACUGUAGUGAUUUGUUUGGCAAUAAAUGAUUUCUUUUUGUUAGCUUAGAUUUUAAAUUACACUUACAUGAAUACAUAAUCUGUGUGUAGAAAUAUUUACAAAAAUUAGCUUAACUGCAUUAGAUUACUGCAGAAAAAAAAUAAUAUAAAAACUCGUCAGGCUGGUCACAGUUCUGACUGUGGUAGUAGCACUAUCACAGUAGAUUUCCAUCACUGCGCAUCUAGAGUUAAAGAGCAACCCCACGAUGGUGGAAAACAGUUCAAUAUACUCACGUGGUAUCUAACUAGUAAGUUAUAUAUGUAAAGUGGGACUGUGACUUCCAAUUAAAUAGUAAUGCGAUAAAAAUAUGAACCAAUUCUGCUGGUUUUCAAAAACAUUCCAUGUUUGUACCAUUGGUGGCGCCAUGCAGAAAUACUUUUUAGAUGAUGUACAUGCACCACCGUGGAAACGAAAAACGUCAUGACCUCGCAGGACCUGGUUUCAUAGAUAUAUGUUUUCAUACAAAGACCUUCACUCCUGAGCUGCCAGCCUAGCCUGACACUUUUUCGGAGUAAAAUAACAACAUAAAAAACAUUGAAAACGUCUGUCCUUCACUCUGAACUUACCAGGCCAUAUUAAUCAAAUGAUCUUGGUCUCCUUCAACACCUCAUUCACCAGCGGUGGCCCCAUCGUCAGCCCGAUCGGGAUCCCGUCGGCGCUCUGGGGCACGAUGGGUUCAAAGCGGUAAGGCUCUGCGCCUUGUACUUGGGAAAGUGUAUAACCGUAACUACACACGUGUUACUAUAUUACAUGUAUGUGUAAUUAUGUGCAUUGAUGUGACCGCGCCCGCUCAGUGCAUACAUGCACCAACCGGAGAACUGUUUCCAUGGUGCUACGUCAACAAAAUCUUGGAAAAGCCGUAUUCAUGAGAUGUAAAUGAAGCCACGACGACACACUCCUUUCACGAAAGCUAGCCAUGGCGCUCGGCAGAAACGGGUCUCAAAUGUGAGUUUUUAAACCAAAAAUAUUGCUGAAUACGGGUUUAUUUGGCAUACAUGUCUAUAAUGGGAUCCAAGUAAACAUACUACGGCCAGAUUUCUUAUUUUGUUCCACCCUUGGGAUUGCUCUUUAACAUUCUUUUUCACAUCCCCCAGCUUGGCCCCCAUUGAUUUAACACUUAACUUUGGUUACAGCACCUCUUGCUCACAGCACUUUCUUUGUUUUAGUGUUUAAAUUACAAGCACAAGAUAGAAAACAAAUAUGUGAAAUACAUGUAGCUUCUUUUACAUUUCCAGAAGUUUCCAAUGCGAGUUAUAUGUGAGGGAGAA